AUGCCGUCUCAAGCGGAUCUAGAACGUCAAAUCGAACAUCUUAUGGAGUGCAAGCCUUUGACAGAAUUGGAAGUGAAGGCUCUCUGCGAUCAAGCGAGAGCCAUUCUGGUGGAAGAGUGGAACGUGCAGCCGGUGAAGUGUCCUGUCACGGUUUGCGGUGAUAUUCAUGGCCAGUUUUACGAUCUCAUCGAGUUGUUUCGGAUAGGAGGGAAUGCUCCCCAUACUAACUACCUUUUUAUGGGUGAUUAUGUAGAUCGUGGAUACUAUUCUGUGGAGACUGUUACACUUCUCGUGGCCUUGAAAGUUCGUUACAGGGAUAGAAUUACAAUUCUCAGGGGAAACCAUGAAACCCGUCAAAUUACUCAAGUGUAUGGCUUCUACGAUGAAUGCUUGAGAAAAUACGGAAAUGCCAAUGUUUGGAAAUUUUUUACCGACUUGUUUGAUUACUUACCUCUGACUGCCCUCAUUGAGAGUCAGGUUUUCUGCUUGCAUGGAGGUCUCUCACCUUCUUUGGACACACUGGACAAUAUCAGAGCAUUGGAUCGUAUACAUGAGGUUCCACAUGAAGGGCCAAUGUGUGAUCUCUUAUGGUCUGAUCCCGAUGAUCGUUGUGGAUGGGGAAUAUCUCCACGUGGUGCUGGAUACACAUUUGGGCAGGAUAUAGCUUCACAGUUCAAUCAUACCAAUGGUCUCUCACUGAUAUCUAGAGCUCACCAGCUUGUUAUGGAAGGAUACAAUUGGGCUCAGGAGAAGAAUGUGGUCACUGUAUUUAGUGCUCCAAAUUACUGUUACCGGUGUGGGAAUAUGGCUGCCAUACUGGAAAUCGGAGAGAACAUGGAUCAGAAUUUUCUUCAGUUUGAUCCAGCUCCCAGGCAAAUUGAGCCUGACACUACACGCAAAACUCCAGAUUAUUUUUUGUAA